AUGUCAUCUUCAUCUUCUAUCUGGGACGCCAUCAUAGAUUAUCUCUCUCUGAGCUCGAUAUGGAAUUAUCUACAAGCAACUCUUCUGGGAGAGACUAGUGUGCCUCAGGAAACAAAUUGGGGGCCACUAGAUAACCUCGCUCCGGCUGUGCAAGUUAUCCUGGGAAUUUCCUUUUUGAUUUUGUUGGGAGUGGGAAUGUAUGCCUUAUGGAAACGAAGUGUUCAGUCAAUUCAGAAAAUACUGUUGUUUGCAAUCACACUCUACAAAUUUUACAAGAAAGGCUCAGAUUUUUUUCAGGCUUUGCUGGUCAACCCAGAAGGGAGUGAUCUCACACUUCAAGACAAUAAUAUUUUCCUGUCUUUGGGUCUGCAAGAGAAGAUUCUGAAAAAGCUUCAGACAGUGGAAAACAAAGUGAAGGACUUGGAAGGGAUGAUCAUUUCCCAAAAACCUACCACAAAGAGGGAUUACUCCUCUGAGCACUACUGCAGCUGCUCCGACUGCCAGAGUCCCUUGCUUACGUCAGGGUUUACAUCCACAUCUGAAAUGUGA